AUGGCUGCAGUACAACGGUAUUCAUCCGUACUCUUCCGAUCCGAACAAUCUGAAAAAUCACGACUUUAUAUAGGGAAAGGCGUUGAGUUGGACAAUGUUGGUGAAGGAGAUGUUUGGAUACGCUGUCUUUCUGAGUUUUCAGUAUUUGUGCAGAGCUAUUACCUAGAUCGUGAGGCGGGUCGUGCUCCAGGCGACGCAGUGCACAAAAUUUAUCCAGGAGCCUAUAUAAAAGUUUGUCUCAUUUUUUCAUCAUUAUUCGAUAAAAUUUUCAGAUUAAUAUUGUAA